AUGCUGUACUUAUACACAUAUUUUAAAUGUUAUUUGAUAUUUUUUGAAAAUGGAGUAAUACGAGUACGAUGGGUCUCUGCUUUUCGUUCGACUGCGGCGAUUGCGAUAUAUGCUGCAACCCUUGUUGUAUGGCACUGAGCGCUUGCUGCCUGGUGCCCUGCUUGUGUCCCAACGCGUGCGGCCAACAACAGCAGCAGCCACCCCAGACUGUGCACGUCCAUCACCCGCCGGUCAUCAUUGAGCAACAGCCCCCACCACCCGGCUACCCAUACCCCCCGCCUCCCGGAGGAUAUCCAGGCUAUCCUCCACAACAACCCGGUUACCCCGGAUACCCUCAUCCACGGUGAAAGGACUUUAAUAAGGUAAGUUUUAAUUACCUAAAGUGG